AAAAUCGUGGAUGAUAGUGCACUUUCAAAUGAAUACAGACGAUAUCAUUACGGAUUGAUAACCAUUUCAUAGGAGUUCAUGUACGCAUUGCUUGCCCGUGACAACAAUUUCAUCAACAGGGUUCUUACGUGGAUCGUGAAACGGAAGCUUCACCCUGACGGACGGCGCUUCAUUGGCUGUGCCUCCUCAACGUACUGCGUGGAAGCUCUGCUGCGUCUCUAGAACCAUCGGCGCUAUGCUGCUGUCGCUGCCGGACGAGACGCUGCUGGCCGUGCUGGCACACCUUGCUCCCCGGGAGCUCUUCAACUGCCGCGUUGUCUGCCGGCGCCUCCGCGACUUGAGCCUGCACCGCAGCCUCUGGCAGGCUGCUGUAGUCAAGGACAAGGGCCUGCUGCGCGCAGCGCUCAAUCUCGCGCCCUGCCUCGGCAAAAUAUCUCCCCGUCUACCUCUCGAGACCAUUGCCUCCUUCAUGCCCAGUACCACCUGUGCGGUCGCGAACCUGGGCAUAACUGUUCACAACGAGAGCGACGCGGCCCAGGCCACCAUCAUCCUAUUGAAGCUAUCUGCGCUCAGCGGCGUGAGAAGUCUCAACUUGGAGAAUCGUUGUCCCCCUGGACAGUCUCUAUCAACGCUCUUAAAUGCUACCCACAACGUAAUUGGUCUCCGAAAACUCAGCAUCCAGAACUAUUCUCAAGAGUCACUGUCUGUUGCCUGGUGUGACUUGAAAACAAGGCCGUCCCUCACGAAGCUGCUUUACAGUUCAAAUUUAUCGGAGCCCUUCCUCCAUCUCCUGCUUGAGACACACGCGGCCACCCUUCAGGAAAUGUGUUUAUUCUGCCGAAAUGACCAGGUCGGGACCUUGCUGGCCCAGAUUCCCAACCUCCGCUCCCUUACUUGUUUCCCGAGCAAUGACCUUUCCCACUUGGCGGUGCUGCCCGACCUCCAGUCGAUUCAUGUGAUGUCACUGUCCGAGGCUUACCCUCCCGGCGCUCUGGAAUUCCUGCGUGGAGCUUCGAAUCUCCGGUCUGUGAAAAUAACCAAUAAUUUUUCCUCUGAGCCCGCCCUGGCGCUGGCUGAGUCACCAAGUGCGUCUCAAAUCGAAUCUCUGACCAUAACCACAAUCCUAUCCGAAACAUUGGCUUUGGUGGUUCCCGUGCUCUGCAAGUUUUCCUCCCUGACGUCCCUUAGCAUGAACUCGAUAGAGUUCGACUGCGUCAAUUUUCUGAGGGCUAUGUGCUGGACAUCGUUGCCGUGCCUCACCACGCUGAAAAUUCCGUUUCCCAGAGAAAUCUGUCUUCACUCGUGGCUGCAUGGACCAGCUGUUCAGGGCACUCUGAUCCGGAACCCCCGCCUGCACAUCCGUGACCGCACAGCGUCAACAACCGCCGAGGACUGUUCUUGCCAGUGGUGUCAGUGGGGAUGCCACGAACUCCUGCGUGAGUCGGACAAGCCGAAGGCUUACGCAUCUCAUUCUAGGGGACCUGAGUGCCCGGCUGACUGCUACCGGGUGGUCCUUCCGACGGGCCCGCCUUCUGUAGCCAAUUAGCCCGUGGCUCGUGCAACUGAAACUGUCGACGGGGUUCCCAAGUGAAGCUGAAGAGACUCACCAAUUUGCAUCGACUCGCGAUAUUUGGCCGCCGUAAGGCAGAGGUGCUCGGGUGGCUUCUGUAGGUGGCUUUGUCACAAUGAGAGAGAUUCCGUUAUCCUGAGGAAAUUGCUACACUGCAAAUCGAAAGUGUUUGCCUCCCUAGUGGUGCUCCGUUUUGAAAGCCGAUAGUUGGCGUCCUGACCUCGGAGGAUGCAGGUGAGAAUGCCACUCCUGGUCGCCGGAGUGCCAAAUUUCGGCAUUCUCUGUUUAGGAUUGCUCUGUGGUCAGAAUGCCAAAUUAUGGCACUCAAAACGGAGUGCCACCAAUGUGGCUAGCAGACUAACCAAUCGAUUUGCAGUGGACAGCAAAGUUCAUGUAUGUGUAAUCAGUACACAAUUGUGAUUCUUCGCGUUUCAAGUCUGUAAUUUUUGUUUGGACUAAGACUAACAGUUAAUUCUCAUCGGACCAGUGUUGAAACUUGUUUUAUUUUCAACCACAAGGCGUGCUCAGAAACCAUUUUUGUUUGCUAAACAACUUUGUUAUUAUGUAAUAACGUUCACAAACAAUGUCCACUUAUGAAUAAAUUAUCAGUGUAAAGGU